CCCCGCCCCGGUGUCUCUCUCCCAUCCGCUGCUCAGACACCCCAUUUCGUCCUCCAAACUCCAACAGGACAAACUUCCUACGGGAUUGGUUGUUUUGAUAUUCCUCUCUCCACGUCUCACGGUUUAUUUUUGUUAUAUAUGUAAACAAACAUUCCCACUCUGUUAAUCUGAGGAUGUUCGAUGGGAUUUUGAGAGCUCACCCGCCGCCCACCAAUGAGGACUUCCCGGGAGUUGUGAAGACGAGAAGAGUUACUUUUCACCAGCGACCGAAUCGCUCCUGACCAAGCAAGCAAGCUAGCCGAGCUAAGCCGUUAGCCGCGCGCGCGCGCGCAUGUGUGGAAUGCAGUGGAAACUUCUUCGCUACAUCGGCAACUGAAAGAGGAACAAGUCUCCACACCGGGCCGCAUUAUGGCCGGACGGCGGCUGGAUGACACUAAACGUCGUCUUUGAGAGAGAAAGCCGUCGCUCGGCGGCCGCAUCCUUAUUCCCGGGGGCAGGUGCACCUCCUCCCCCGCGGCACCUGUGACGAAGCCUCGGCGUCGUUAGCUUUAGCUUUAGCAUCGAGCACUUGUGGGACACUUGGUUAAUGUUUCUCCCGUCGACGUUUGGACUACUGAACGCCGAGAAUGCACAUUGUUACGUUUAUAAACUCACGUCAGCUUGACUAGGGGACAUUUAGUCAACUUUAGGUGAGCGUUAAGACACCCACUUGUAGCCGGGUGUUGACGGAGUCGAGUCGGAUAAAGUUACAAUCCAGUGUGGGACGCUCUUCGCCGGGGGACUUUGGCCAGUGCCAAGAGCCCAGGCGGGGAAUUCCCCUCCUUUUCAAAAACUACAAGCAACAACAUGCGAAGCUCCAAAAGUCACCCUUUGCUCUUUUAAUUUAGCCUCUUAAGACCCGCACCCUAUGGUGCCAUUACGGCCACCGAGAAAUGGAUGUCUCGCAGGCCGCUUUCCCAAACGGUGAAGGGCGGCCGGGCGGCGGUGGUGGUGGAGGGAGUACGGCACAUGCCUGGACAGACUGUCCCACGCACGCGUGGGCUCAUUCGGCCCCGCUGUGCCCGACACGGUCGCUGUGGACUGCCGCGUACGACUACGAGGCAAGCGGUGAGGACGAGCUCAGCCUGUGCCGCGGCGACGUGGUGGAGGUCCUGUCCAAGGACGCGGCCAUCUCAGGCGACGAAGGCUGGUGGACGGGCAAGAUCAACCACCGUGUGGGCAUCUUCCCCUCCAACUAUGUCACCUAUCAGCCGGCCAUUUACCGUCUACCCGUCGCCAGCGUUCGGGAGCGGGUCCCUGCUUCGCCCGUCCAGAUCCCCUUCACCGAGCUGGUGCUGGAGGAGAUCAUCGGCGUGGGGGGCUUCGGCAAAGUGUACCGCGGCACAUGGAAAGGCCAGGAGGUGGCCGUGAAGGCGGCCCGGCAGGACCCCGACGAGGACAUUACCGCCACAGCGGCCAGCGUCAAGCAGGAAGCCAAGCUGUUCUCCAUGCUGCAGCACCCCAACAUCAUCAAGCUGGAGGGGGUGUGCUUGGACGAGCCCAACCUGUGCCUGGUCAUGGAGUAUGCCCGUGGGGGCACGCUGAACCGGGCGCUGACCGGGAGGCGAAUCCCGCCGCACAUCCUCGUCAACUGGGCCGUGCAGAUUGCGCGCGGGAUGCACUACCUGCAUGAAGAGGCCGUGGUCAUCCACCGAGACCUCAAGUCCAGCAACAUUCUGUUACUUGAAACGAUAGAGAACGAUGACAUCGGGAGGAAGACGUUGAAGAUCACAGACUUCGGCCUGGCUCGCGAGUGGCACAAGACCACCAAGAUGUCAGCGGCGGGCACCUACUCCUGGAUGGCCCCCGAGGUUAUCAGGAUGUCUCUCUUUUCCAAAGGCAGUGACGUUUGGAGCUAUGGCAUCUUGCUGUGGGAGUUGUUAACAGGGGAGGUGCCUUACAGAGGAAUCGACGGCCUGGCUGUUGCUUAUGGAGUGGCCGUCAAUAAAUUAACAUUACCAAUCCCCUCCACCUGCCCCGAACCCUUCGCCAGGCUCAUGGAAGAGUGUUGGGACCAGAACCCGCACGUGCGCCCCUCUUUCUCCUGCAUCCUGGAGCAGCUGUCAGCCAUCGAAGAGGCGGUGAUGGCCACCAUGCCGCAGGACUCCUUCCACAUCAUGCAGGACGACUGGCGCGUGGAGAUCCAGGAGAUGUUUGAUGAGCUCAGGACCAAAGAGAAGGAGCUGCGUUCCCGUGAAGAGGAGCUGACGCGGGCCGCCCUGCAGCAGAAGUCCCAGGAGGAACAUCUGAAGCGGCGCGAGCAGGAGCUGGCUGAGCGGGAGAUCAACGUACUGGAGCGGGAGCUCAACAUCCUCAUCUUCCAGCUCAAUAAGGACAAACCCAACGUGAAGAAGCGCAAGGGCAAGUUCAAGCGCUCCCGCCUCAAGCUCAAGGAUGGCAACCGCAUUAGCUUGCCCUCAGACUUCCAGCACAAAAUCACAGUGCAGGCGUCGCCUUCCAUGGACAAGAGGCGGAGCCUUCACAGCACCAGCUCCUCUCCUCCCAGCAGUCCCACACUCAUCCCCCGCCUACGAGCUAUUCAGCUGACGUCCCCUGUGCAGAGGAACGCUUUGUUUGUUUACCAGCAGGACGUGGAUCUGACCAGCGAGCUGUCGGGGUGCGGCGUCACGCAGGACGAGAGCAACCGCACAUGGGGUCGCAGCGCCCCCUUAAGGCCGGAGGAGUUUGACGACUUACGGAGAGGCAUCAAGAAAAAGGGGAGAACUUGGGGCCCCAGUUCAGUGCAGAGCAAGGAGAGACCCGCAGCCACAGAGAGAGUACGUCCCCUCUCAGAUGGCAGCAAUCCUUGGUCCACGAGUCUAAUGAAGUCGCAGAAGUCUGUCCCACUCGCCGCUCUCUUUGCUGAACAAGCAGGAGGCGCUAAAGACGAGGCUUUCCUUCAGGAGUGUCUGGACAGCAGCUCCAAACCAAAGCAGCUCAAGUUCCCCAACCAGGUGUACCUGGAUCUACCUCUGUGGCGGGACGAACAGCAGCCUCCCUGUGCCUGCGGGGAGGGCGGGGCCGGGCCGGCCGCUCAGAGCGGCCCGAACGAGAGCCCCGAGGACCCCUACACGACCACUUCCACCUCCUCCGCCUCCACCACCCCGCAGCUCACGCCCACCAACAGCCUGAAGAGGACGUCGGCCCGCCGCAAGACCGAUUCCGUGCUGUCCGCCUGCGGCUCGCUCCUGGCCUCCGUCGUGCUCGGCUACGACAUCCGCGAGGCGCUCAAGAACGCGCAAGAAGACGGCGAGCCGCCGCGGGAGGAGAAGAAGAAGAAGGAGGGCCUGUUCCAGCGCGCCACCCGCUUCCGCCGCAGCACCUCCCCGCCGAGCGGCGGCCGCGCCCGCAAGGACGAGGCCUCGCCGGGCCACGCCCCCAACCCGCACGCCAACCUGGUCUCCGUGUCGGGCAUUGCUGAGUGUCAGUCCACCAAGUGUCUGCUGCAGUCGGAGGCGGAGGUGUCGCGCUGCGUCCCCGCCAAGGUGGACCUCGUGCCCGUCGCUCAUCACCUCGAGACCCCUCGGCCUGCCCCGCCGCCGCCCGCCGAAAAGAAAAAACAGACGGCGCCCCCGCAAACCCAAAGUCAACCGCCGGAGGUUAUGAACCACAACACGGGGACACGCCUCCGCAGGAAAAAGUACAACCACCAUGACGCUAACGGCCUCCCGAGCCUGCCGCCGCCCGCCGCGCCGAAGAAGACCAGGGACACGCGGCCCGUCUCCUUCUGGGCCAAGCCACACGCGCGAGGCCUCGUGGCCCGCCUGGGUAAGAGCUACUCGCUGGGCCACUAUUCCGGCGAGAAGGCGGCGCAGGCCUGCUCGCUGCUGGACAUGGACGCCGAGGGCCAGAAUCGCGACUGCACGGUGCCGCUGUGCCGCAUCCAGAGCUCGCCGGCCAGACCCAGCCUCUACGAGCUGGAGAAAGAGUUCCUUUCCUAGCGCACGUUCGCGCGCGGGCGCCGGGGAAGCACAGACGCUGUUCUCGCGGCCGAGCUUUGCAGGUUAGUCAAGAACACGGGUGUCAAACUUGUCACCGUCGGAAGGCCAAAGUGUGGUUGUGAUUGGCCUUCGGUUACCGUGGCGACAUAACAUGCUAGGAAUCACAGUUUGGUUUUUCACUUCACAUUGGGGAAAGCAAGGGCUCAAAAUGCAAGAGAAACAAAAGAACAGGAGCAGGUUUUAUGAUGUCUAAAAUGAGUCAACGAUGGCCCGAAAUCGUUGAGGAAAGGAAGGAUGCCGACAAGUCUGACUGUAACAGUUCGAACAAUGCUCAUUGUUUGACUGGAAGUUGCAUUUAGGACCACCCUUUUUUGCUUUUACAUUCCACAUUCUCGCGAUGCCGCCUCAAAUAAGUUAAAAGAUUUGAAUUUUCACC